UGCUACGCACAGCGUUCUUCCUGGUGCCCUGUGUUUUUGUCAGCCGGUGUGUUUCCAAGUUAUUCGCUAGUCUCGUAAUUCCUCUUGUCCAUUCCUUCUGUUAGGAUGUUACCGUCUGUUAACCGAACUGAGCAGUGAAACCAGCCGCUGAUUGGCUCUUUGAUUCCGCUGAUUCUGUGUUUGUCUCUGAUUUGGCAUGCUGUCAUCACCAGAGUUAUUUUGGGCGCAGAAGUUUUGAUGCCCUCAGCUCCAUCAUGGAGUCCUCAGAUUUGACCACACGCAGGAACGGGCGGCAGAGGAGAGUAGCAGGCGCCUCCACCGUGCCUGAUCACACUGGGUACAUGGACAGAGGGGAGACGAGCUCCCCUGAGCCAGAGAUGGAAGAAGAUGACAUCCUCAUCAGGAGAUCAGACUCAGAGGACAGGAGGCGUCACCGCGGGCGACUAGGGAUCCGUGGUGAACUGGGGAAUAUUUUACUCCUCCUGUUCCUCUAUGUGCUUCAGGGGAUUCCUUUAGGACUGGCCGGCAGCAUUCCUCUGAUCCUUCAGGGCAAGAAUGUAAGCUACAGAGACCAAGCCUUCUUCAGCUUUGUCUUUUGGCCGUUCAGUUUGAAGCUUUUCUGGGCGCCGUUGGUGGACGCCCUGUACUUCAGCAGGUUUGGGAGGAGGAAGUCAUGGCUGGUGCCCACUCAGUACCUGCUGGGCCUGUUCAUGCUCUACCUUUCAGUAACCGUCAACUCGCUGCUGCAGAGGGAGAAGGGACCUGAUGUGGUGACGCUCACUGCAGUCUUUUUUAUGCUUGCCUUCCUGGCAGCCACACAGGAUAUAGCUGUGGAUGGCUGGGCCCUGACAAUGUUGUCCAGAGAAAAUGUGGGUUAUGCAUCUACCUGCAACUCUGUGGGCCAGACGGCUGGAUACUUCCUGGGGAAUGUGCUCUUUUUGGCCCUGGAGUCUCCUGAAUUUUGCAACAAGUACCUCAGAUUAGUGCCUAAAGACACAGGCAUUGUCACCUUGCCAGAUUUUCUGUUUUUUUGGGGGGUGAUGUUCCUGGUUUCCACCACCCUGGUGGCCAUCUUUAAAAGGGAAAACAAUCAAGGCAGAGGGAGGAGGAACGUCCCAGAAGAGACUCAGGGUGUCAUGGAAACCUACAAGCUUCUGUUCUCGAUUGUGAAGAUGCCCACAGUCUUCACCUUCUGCUCCCUGCUCCUCACAGCUAAAAUCGGUUUCUCUGCAGCGGAUGCUGUUACGGGUCUGAAGCUGGUGGAAGCUGGAGUCCCUAAAGAGCAGCUGGCCCUCCUUGCGGUGCCCAUGGUGCCCCUGCAGAUCCUUUUGCCCGUGGUCAUCAGCAGAUACACGGCAGGACCCCGCCCCCUUGACGUCUUUUACAAAGCAUUCCCGUUCCGGCUGCUAAUUGGGCUCGAGUAUGCUCUGCUGGUGUGGUGGACCCCCAGUGUGAAACAAGAGGGAGGGUUCCCACUUUAUUACUAUGCUAUAGUCUUUCUCAGCUAUGCAUUGCAUCAGGUGGCGCUGUACAGCAUGUAUGUGGCCUGCAUGGCCUUCCACGCCAAAGUGAGCGACCCUCUCAUAGGGGGGACCUACAUGACCCUGCUCAACACGGUCACUAACCUGGGGGGUAACUGGCCCUCCACCGUGGCCCUGUGGAUGGUUGACCCCCUGACCUCUAAGGAAUGCCAGGGCGCCGUCGGUCAGAGCUGCAGCUCUUCUCUAGAAGCAGGGUUGUGUGUUAAAGAAGGAGGCGUUUGUGUGACGACGCUGGACGGCUACUACGUGGAGUCGGUGGUAUGCGUUGUGAUCGGUCUCCUCUGGUGGCUGUGGCUGGGGAAGAAGAUGAGGCGGCUCCAGGAGCAGAGCCCCGGCGCCUGGAGGUGCAGAGUAAACCAGUGACAAAAGUCCCACUGACACUUUAAGCGAGCGCAGCUUCAUGAGCUGCUCCAAAACCAGCUGGACUCAACCAGCACCUCACCUACAUCUCCUGCUCUGGUCUGCCAGAUUUAGGAGACAUUUUACCAUCAAACCUGUCGCUUUGAUGUACACACGCACGAAGCGAAUCGCUGUUUUCUUUUUAUAAAAAAGCUGUAAUCAUUUAUCAUCACCAUCUUUUUAAAGCCUCCUUGUAGUUUUUAUUUACCGUGUUUUGCUGCUUUAAACCAAACAGAGGCUGGUUCGAAGAAUGUGUUGGUCAAUAUUUUUUUUUUUCCACGUUAGUUGCAGACCUUUAAAGAACCCGAAAGGUUCGUUAAAUGAGAUUUUUUUUAUAAGUUUCAACACUUUAAGCUCUGACUUAUCUGCCUUACAUGAAAGGAACAGAUGCAUUUAUAAUCCUAACUCAAAGCAUGAGUGAAGGGUUGCCGCAUGUACUGUACUCAAUGGGCUUUACUAUGAAGCAGGACUAGUGUCUCUAUGAUGGAUGUUCAGAGGGAAAUUUAACCUUUAUUGAACCCAUUAUUUAAUCAAAACAGCGAAUGAAAUAGGGGCACUUUUUUUUUUUU